AUGUCGUUACAUGGUCAUCCGUACCAACGCUACGUCUCCGUGAAGCUGACACAUUUCCAACAGGGGGAUGAAAAUGACGGACCUACGAAGAGCGGUGGCGUGGAGUCGGGUAGUAAUAGGGAGAAGUGGCGAGCGUUUGGUGUUGAUAUAGGAGUCAACCUGGCUUCAGCCACGUCUCAGAGCUCAUGCACAAGCAGCUCCACGCAGUCGCAGAUGGUAAACGAUGCUUCAAUCACCAAAACGGCGAGUGUCCAGGAGUCGCUUCGUCAGCAGUUGGCGGUGUUGACGUCGCGUGUCGGACAAACAAGAGAACAAAUAUUCAACGCAGUGCGUUUAAAAGAGAAGACAAGCAGCAAAAGCACAAGCAAUACAUGUACACCUAGCUCCGUAACAACGGACACAGAAAUUAUUGGUGGUGGUUCUGCUCCCCCCUCGCAAAAGCGGGUUCCCGGUAAGGACGGCUUAUCCAGAGACAGCGCGAAGAACAAGCGAUCAACUACAAGUGACAACAAUAUUGUUUUGAACAAGGGGGCGGGAAGCACCGCAACCCAUCAGCAGCAAGAAGCAGGGCAACAAAUAUCUGAAAAGAAGACGAAAACGAGGGCCCGUAAGUCCUCCACAUUAUCUAAUGCUGAAGCAACGGUAACGUCGCGGCACUCAAGUAAAUGUGCAACUCAGAGGACAUUGUUCAAAUUGCCUGUGGACCCUGCAACGUCUCCGCAGCGUGGGCUGCAGGUGGCAUUCAAGGAAGAGUUGGAUGGUAGCGCAUUGUUCAAUGAUGCACGCGAUACCCUCAACGACCCUAAUCGUUUCCAGGUACCCACGAUAUUUGUUGGCUUUGCAACGCGCGAAGGGCAGACGAACUUCACCAUUUCCUCCUCUUCGCGCGGAAAAGUGCACUUCAUGCGCGGCGUUAACCCUGAGUUAAGCCAUCUCGAGGUGAGUUUCCUCGUCGUACGGUGGAAAGACGAUGUAAUUGUCUACUCUGCGGCUGUUGGUUUGGAGUUACUUGUGCGAGUUGCUGAAGAACUUCCGGGUGUUGAAAUUGUUACAUUCAACGCCCCCUGCCUCUUGCUUCCACUGUUGUCCUACAAACAGGGUAAGUUCUUUACCUCGUGCGUGUCUGAUGUCCGCCUCAUGACGUGGAUGCUUGAGCCAUCAGCGGACACAGCCGAGUUUGCGGACUAUGACAAGCUCCUUCAAUCGUACCAGCAGCAAAUAGGGCUCCCGGCAGGGCUCAACGCCGCGGAAUGCAAAGGCAGUAAAGAGGCCGUUAGCCACCGCGUGUUUUACAUGGAGCCGCUCUACCGAAUGCUCUACGGUAGGCUGGGAUCUCAUGGAUUGUUACCAGCCUUUCUCAAGCAGGAGAAGCGCAUCUCCAUCAUGUGUGCGGCGAUGAAACUGAACGGCUUUUACGUGAAUUUGGUGGAGGUGGACGGUUUCAAGGCGCGCUGCGCAGAAAAAAUGGAGAAGCUGCGAAGUGAGGCUCGCAGUAUGAUCCCCUCUAUGACGAACUUUAACAUACAGAGCGCAGACGACUGCAGGGUUGCGCUGUAUGAGGUGCUGAAGCUCGGCCCAAACCUUGUGUCGAAGGGCACUGAAGGGUCCACAGAGAACAAUUCCCUCAUAUUAACGAGAGGUGGUAAGUUGUCUACGUCAGAAGAAACCCUGAGGAUUCUAGCACGGCACCACGAGUUCCCACGCAUAUUAAUCGCGUAUCGGAAGUUGGCGAAGCUUUUACAAACGUACGUCGUUGGAUUUAUGGAGAUGGCGAUUCCCAUUGAAGAAGGUGAUGGAGAAUUCACAGACUUCAGCAUCAGUGAACAAGGCAAGGAAGCAAUACCGAACGCAUCCGACCGUCACAAAGCGAAGUGGGCGAAACUGCACCCCAAUUUGGUGCAGGAAGGUACCGAAACGGGGCGGCUGACAUCUGUGGAGCCCAACAUGCAGGCCCUACCGCGGUCCACGCAACUUGUAGCAACCCACGAGAAAAAUAACACUAACGAUGCCGACUCUGAAAAUGGCAACAACGAAAACAUCAACGGUGAUGUUAACGCUGCCGAUGCUGGAGGAAACGAGAGCGAUGGCCCCGUGCAAGAGAAGGAGGUGAGUUUCAUACGCCGCUGUUUAGGGGCGCCCGACGGGUAUUCGUUGGUCUCGCUGGACUAUGAACAGGUAGAGCUACGAGUGUUGGCACAUCUAUCGGGCGAUUCAGCUCUUAUCAAUGUUCUCACGAAAUCUGGAGACAUCCACCGCUCGAUUGCUGAGAUUAUAUUCCGCAAAACAAGCGUUACCGGCGAAGAACGGAGCCUUGCCAAAAAAGUGGUGUUCGGUAUACUCUACGGUGCGGGACCGCGCGGACUGGCGCAACAAAUGGGCGUGUCUGUGGAGCAGGCGCUGCGUGUGUCUUCACUCUUUAAAUCAUGUUUUCCCACCGUUGACGCGUACCAGCGGCGCAUCAUUGAUCAGUGUCGAAGUGACGGUUCCGUGCGAACGCUGAGCGGCCGGGUCCGAUCUAUACCUGACAUAAACGAUCGCGUGCUUACGAAACGCUCCCAUGCGGAACGUCAGGCCUUCAACACCGUCGUGCAGGGAAGUGCCGCGGAUGUGAUGAAGUUGGGCAUGAUCGCCGUGGAGCGUGAGGUGCUGCAACCCCAUGCACCUGACGUUCGGUUGCUCCUACAGGUUCAUGAUGAAAUUAUCUUAUCCGUCCCCAACCACAUGCUCCACAGCAUCGUGCCGGCUGCAAUGCAUGCCUUCGCACAUCCUAUUUCACUGCUGGUGCCGCUGCUUGUCACAACAAAAGUCGGGCGGCUGUUAGGUGAUUUGGAGGAAUGGACAGUGGAUCAUGCACUAGGACUGCGGGUGCCGAGUUGA